AUGAAACUGUUCUCUUUUUAUUCCAACACAACUAAUUGAACAACCCUAAACACAUGUGCUCCUUUGCUCCUGGCCCUGACUUGACCCCAUGCCGGUUCCGUAUCAUCGUUCCAAUAGUCCAAUAUGUUUAUCACAUCCAGAAUUCUCCAUAAGAGAAUCCUUUUAAAGUGUUUCCAAAGAACAAGUGCCUUUAGCCAAAGAUGCAAUAGUGACUUUAAGUCCGAAGUAUUAGGUGACUCAAGCACCAUCAUAGAUCAAAAAUCCAUAAAUGAAUUUAAAAAAAUGUUAAAAAAGAAUGAAGUGCCAGUUAAAGAUGGAUUUACUUGUCUACAAAUUGAAUGUAGAGUAUGCACCUCAAAUCAGCUCUCAAGACUGGCAUUUGUAAAUAAAACAACAGGAUUAUUCGUCUGUCCAUCAUGUCAAAUUAAAUUUCCCCUAAAAGAAGUUAAAAAAUUCUAUGAGGGAGAUUUUCGAAUAAAAGAAAUCAAUCUAAAGAAAGAAGAAUACAUACCUCAAGAGAAGACAGUAGAGGAAGUACCUAAAGAAAUCUGUGAUAGCUUUAAAAUACCCACACUAAAUACAUCACAGUUUCAAAAACUUGGUGUUAAAUAUGAACCAAUUACUGGGAACUUGUAUUUUCCAUUGAAAAAUGCCGCAGGCAAACAAGUCGGUGAGAAAACCAUUAACUCAGCCACUUUAGCCGAAGAGACCUUUCCUAAGGAAAACUGCUCCGGUGUGUUGUGCUAUGGCUCAGUAGAUAAUUCAAAAGUUGUCCUGGUUUCAAAUAUUAUGGAUUUCUUAUCACUUUGUGGACAAAAACUUGAAGGAUACAGUAUCAUUUGCUUACCCUACUCGCUGAAAGCACUACCACAAGAAUGCCUACCAGCUCUUGAAAUGUACAAAGAACUUAUCUUCUGGUUUGACUUUGACUCAGCCGGAUGGGAUGUGGCUCACAAUUUUUCUAUUAAAUUAGAUGAGAAAAGGUGUCUUUUUAUUCGACCCACAGAUGUCCAACCAACUCCAUUUAAGGCGUUGAAAAAACACUUGAAUUUAAAGCACAUAAUACAACGUGCGAAUCCAAUUCGUCACAAAUCAAUCACUACUUUUAGUGAACUUAAAAUGGACAUUCUCAGUGAGCUGCAAAACAUUGAGAAGGUAAAUGGGGUUAAAUGGAAACGGUUUCCAAUUCUAAAUAAGCUGCUUAAAGGUCAUCGAAAAGGCGAACUAACAAUUUUAACAGGCCCUACUGGUUCUGGCAAGACAACAUUUAUGUCUGAAUACUCUUUGGACUUGGCACUGCAAGGUGUCUCAACGUUGUGGGGUUCAUUUGAAAUACGAAAUACCAGACUAGCAUUAACAUUGUUACGUCAAUAUGUUGGUUAUCCACUUGAUGAUAAACUAAAUGAAUUUGAAUAUUGGACAAGUGAAUUUGAAAAGUAUCCAAUGUACUUUAUGACGUUUCACGGCCAACAGAGUAUUAAAGUUGUGAUGGAUGCCAUAGAACAUGCUCAGUAUGUUUAUGAUAUUAAACAUGUUAUCAUUGAUAAUAUACAAUUUAUGAUGGGAAUGUCAACAUUUAACAAGAAUGACAAAUUUUUUGAACAGGAUGCUGUGAUUAGUGCAUUUAGAUCGUAUGCAACGAGGAAGAAUGUGCAUGUUACGUUGGUAAUGCAUCCGCGUAAGGAGCGAGAAGCGGAUGAAUUGACAACGAGUUCUAUAUUUGGCAGUGCCAAAGCUACUCAGGAGGCAGACAAUGUACUGAUUAUUCAAGACAGAAGGCUUACAUCCGUUGGAGGGAAAAAGUUUUUGCAAGUUGCAAAAAAUAGAUACACUGGAGAUCUAGGAAUUAUGCCUUUAGAAUUUGAUAAGGAUGGACUCAGUUAUGUUAAGAAGAAAAAGAAAAAGGAAGAAAUAAAGACGGAUAAAUAAUUCAUUUGCGUUCUU